AUGCCUGCAUCUACGACUGAGAAACUGGUAGAGGAACCGCACGUGCUGGACUGGGCCUGGCUAAGGGAUGGAAGCCACAGAGACAAAGUGGCAGAGGUUGUCCGGCGUGCCGCUCCAACAGGCCUCUUCCACAUUGUCAAUCAUGGUCUCGACAGCAGUCUAUUUCAGAAGCUGCGUGAGAUCACCAUUGAGUACAUGACAACGACCUCCAUGGAGCAGAAAGACAAAGACUCGAUGCGGGAGGCCACGGGAUACUUCGAAGGCUACAAGCCUCGAACUGAACAGCAAAAGGCUCUUGGCGUUCUGGCGUCGGUGGAAGAAUACAACUACGACUAUCACGACUCUGGCACGGCCAUUCGACCCAGGAUCUUUCGGGAUAAUGAACCAAGUAUCCGCCAGGUGUUUGACUUCUACCACAAAGAGCUAACGCCCCGACUUCUUGACGUGAUGAACGACUACUGCGAAAUGAAACCAGACUCGCUGGUCAACGCACACAAAGAAUCAAGCGAGGUUGCGCACCUUUUACUUUAUCGUACCCAUUGGUAUGAGGAUGGUCCAAGGAAGCGUGCGGCGUACAGCGGACACACCGACAUCGGCUCCUUGACCUACCUCGCUGCUAAUCCAGUAGGCGGCCUCCAGGUCUACGGAAAGGACGGAUGGAGGGACAUGGCGUACAUACCUAAUUCUAUUGUCGUCAUCUUGGGCGAUGCUAUGGAAUUCAUGACAGGCGGACGAAUGAAUGGAACUUUACAUCGAGAUGUUAUGACUCGGGGUAUAACUUGGAAUCGUGCAGUCAUCAAGCCCGCGCCGUCCCAGGAUAAGCAACCCAGGCCUUCGUUAAUUUUCUUCGUGCAUCCCAACCACGACAUCAUGUCUGCUUCUCUGAAGCAUGUCAGAGACACAAGGCGCAGGUUCACCGUACAGAGCAGGCAGUCUCCAGGAUCUCCCAUUGAUCGGAUUGGGCGUGCUAUAUCAGCACGAAAGGAUGAUGCCUACCACGCGGCUGUAGAUCCUGAGGCCUGGGCCAGCGCGAAACGAGGAUUAAUGGUUACUUCUCCUGCAGGUGUUUGUAUUGAUUAUGAUGAUCUUACCAUCAAUGCCUUCGCAGCUGGACCUGCGCCUGCGCCGCGCUUGGGACCAGUGCGAAUGGAAUCAGGGGCUAAGGAAGCUAUGGUUUGA